AGAACGACCAUGAUGUCCUGAACAACAAUCGGCGCUUUUCUUUGGACACGGAUAGCUUAGAACUUACCGGUACGUCGCAUGGCCGUCCUCAGCUGACCGCUUGAUACGAUGCAAAGUGACUUGAAAUGGGACUCGGCUAGAAGACCACUGCGAGCUGCGUCUUUCGUGUCCUUCUUGUCUCUGUGUCGUCGUUUUGUUCUCGCGCUAUAACUAUCGUCUAAAGUCCAAGCGUGCGUGUGGUGUGUGAAGUAGCCGUGCGGCAUUUGCCUCUCGUGGUCAAGUUUUGUGUGCCGAUAAACCACCGAGACCCAUCACUAGCUGUGUUGUGUGUGUUUGCAGAUUUUGGCAUAUAGUCACCGUCAAGAUGGUUGUGAAAAGACUCGGCGGCGAAGCGCCGCAACCGAGACUUCGUCGGCACCACUUCCUGGAAAACGUGCAAACCAAGACGUUCACUCCCUUGGAAUACCAGGUGGAACUGCUGGACACUGCAAAGCACCAGAAUUCCAUCGUUUUUCUCUCAUCCGGCAAGACGUUCAUGGUGGUCAUGCUGGUCAAGGAACUGGCCUACCAAGUCCGACCGAGCUUCGAAGACGGUGGCAAGCGAGUGCUGAUUCUUGUCCCAUCAGCCGAGUCUGGCAUCCGGCACCAGAAGAUGAUGGAGGACUACACCGAUCUAAAGUCCAUUUUAAUCGGUGAUCCCGCCGUCGGCAAGGACGAAAGGCCUGUUGACUUCCCCAAACUCUUUCGUGACCACCAUGUGCUCGUGAUGACUGCCGGCUCAUUUAACCGCCACUGGGUCGAGGCAGAUGCAGACAUCUCUGAAGAGCUCGUUGACCAUUUGAACCUCAUCGUCUUCGACGAGUGCAACGAAGCUCUGCGCCACAUCGAGUUUGAGCCCGUGCUGGGCUUCAUCAUGGACUACGUGAUGGAGGGGCGACUGAGCGUGCUGGGGCUUGCAGCGCCACUCGCGACGAAGAAGCGGCAGCGGCCAUCCUUGCUUGAGGCCGAGAUCCUCGAGCUCGAGGACGGCUUCCAGAGCGUCGCCUGCACCUCGAGUGAGUUGACGGUCGUAAGCAAGUACGGCAGCCGGCCCCGAGAAGUCGUCGUCGAGUACGCUGCGUACGGAUGUGCAAGCGGCGACGGGGAGUCCACGGAUAAUCUCAAGACGGCGCUGCGACUGCUGGACGAAGCGAUGGAGUUUUUAGGUGGCACGGAAGGCCAGCUGGACGAGUGGGCCAGGGCAUCUCUGCGGCAGUUUCAGCGCUAUUUGGUCGAGCUGUGCUACACGCUUGUCACUCUGGGGCCGUGGUGUGCCCGUGAGGUGGCGGACCUCUUCCUCAAGGAGGUUUCACAAGUGGUGGACAGCCUGGGUCCCGCCGUGAAUUGGUCGCGCAUGGCGCUCCUUCUAGUACACACGGUGAUCCAGCAGGUUGCCAAGCUCACCACGCCCUUGGCCGCGGACCUCGAGCCCAGCGACGCUGCCCACCAGCCGGCCAAAUUCCGACACCUGCUGCAGAUACUGCGGGAGUACAGGCCUUCACAGCCACAGCAGCAGCAAGGUACCAUUGCCAACUCACACAUUGUUCAGGAAAACUGCGUGGCUGUGCAAAAUUCUGCCAAUGAGCUUGAUUUGUCAACUCAGGAGUCGAACAUGCCAGCAGUGGUGGAUUCUACGAUCCAGCCCACAACAUCUCCAGUUUUGCCCAGUGAUGUGAACGGUGUUGUGCGAUGCUCUGAUGACUCUGAAGCUCUGUCUGGAUCGUCGCCAGAUAAGAAAGUGCCCAUGAUCGAUGGUACCGCGCCGUCGGCUGCAGUAUGUUCAGGAAGCGUUGCGUUGUCUACUGCUUCCGUCGGUGUGCCAGCAACGCGUCCGUCGAACGCCGUGGGUGUGUCGUCUCGCCCUGCGGGCCAUCGGGCCGACCUUGUCGAUGACCCGAACGCGCUGUGCGGCAUUGUGUUUGUGCGGCAGAGGAUCACCGCCUACAUCCUCAGCAUGUGGCUGACAAAGCUGGCGACCCGCUUCCCGAACGAGUACGGCUUCAUCACCCCGAACUUUUUGGUGGGGCGGACGACUCCGCCUGCCCUCGGAGACGGGAGCUCAAAUCGCAGUGGUCAGCAGAGUUUGCCAAACCUGCUGACCACACCGCUUGGACUUCAGCGGCAGGAGGAAGUCCUCCAGAAGUUUCGGUCGCGGGAAUGCAAUCUGCUGGUGGCUACGAGUGUCGUGCAAGAAGGGAUCGAGGUGCCCCGUUGCAACCUGGUGGUGCGUUUCGAUCCACCCGAGAAUUUCCGGGCGUACAUCCAGUCCAAGGGCAAGGCCAAGGCCGCCGGAUCCCGAUACUUCGUGCUGGUGCCGCACGACGAAAGCAGCCGCUUUCUGGGCGACCUGCAUGAUUACCGCACCACCGAACAGAUCCUCUUGGAACGCAGCCACGUAGAGGAUACCACGAUCGACGAAGAAGUCGAUGCAGCCUACACGGACAGCCUGAAGCCAGCCUACAAGCCGCUGGAAGCCGAAGACGCUCCCAGGGUCAGCAUGUCCACUGCCAUUGCCUUGGUCAACCGAUACUGCGCCAAGCUGCCUAGCGACACGUUCACGAGGUUAACGCCCAUCAGCAGCAUGGCGGAGGUCGAGACAGAAGGCUCGGAAGAGACCCUGUACAGCUGUUCGCUGCGGCUGCCCAUCAAUUCUCCCCUGAGGCGAUGCAUCGUGGGGGACCCAAUGCCAAGCAAGCUUCUGGCGAAGCAGGCAGCGGCGCUCAGGACGUGCGAAGAGCUGCACAAAAUGGGUGAACUUGACGACAACCUGGUUCCACAAGGCAAGGAGGCCAUGCGAAUGGCUCUGGACCAAGGGUCGGCUGGCCGCUUUCCCGUGGAAGACAUCCAGCCUGGCGGUCCACGGCCCGGAACCACAAAACGACGGCAGUACUAUGACAAAAAGGUGUCCGAGGUGCUGAAAGGCAAGCGAGUGUGCGAGAGCGAUGAGUUCCACCUCUACGCCUUCACCAUGAAGCUCACCUGCCCUAUCCCCGAGGAGCAGAACACACGUGGCCGCAAGAUCCACGACCCGGCCGACACCGCCCGUGGCUUCGGACUCGUCACCUCCAGGCGGAUCCCGCUUAUCUGCAGCUUCCCAGUAUUCACGCGCUCAGGAGAGGUGACGGUCGAGCUGGAACACGUGAGCUCGGACAUUGGCCAGCUGACGUUGAACCAGGUUCGGGACCUCACGACCUUCCACCGGUACACGUUCACGAAUGUGCUGCGGCUCGAGAAGUAUCCGAUGACCUUCAACCCCGACGGCGAUGCCUGCUCAUUCCUGGUGGUGCCAAUCAACGCAGUGAAGCCAACCGACGACAAGCCAGGCUCCACAACAAUAGACUGGAAGUUCGUUGAGCGCAUCUGCGAGGAAGAGAAGUUCAUGCCGAGACGAGUGCCCGAAGAAGAGCGCGAGCUUUUUGUGUUCAAGGAGGAAGACUACCUUGACACUGUUGUGACACCCUGGUACCGUAACUUGGACAAGCCCCAGUUCUUCUAUGUGGCAGAGAUCUGCCACGACCUGAAUCCGCUCAGCGACUUUCCAGAUGCGGGCUUCGAUACGUUUGACGCAUACUACAGGGAAAAGUACCAGAUUCGGGUCGUAGACGGUCAUCAACCCCUGCUGGACGUGGACCACACGUCGGCGCGUCUCAACUUGCUGACGCCACGAUACGUGAACCGCAAGGGGGUGACGCUGCCCACCUCAUCGGAGCAGACCAAGCGGGCCAAGCGCGAGAGCCUGCAACAAAAGCAGAUCCUCGUGCCCGAAUUGUGCGCCAUCCAUCCGUUCCCUGCGUCCCUUUGGCGCAAAGCCGUUUGCCUACCGUGCAUCCUCUACAGGAUGAACUCCCUGCUUCUGGCCGAGCAGCUGCGGCUGACCGUGGCACGGGAGGUGCGCGUCGGACGCCUGGAGCUUCCGGAGGGCUUCAAGUGGCCAACCCUGGACUUUGGCUGGACCCUGGCGGAAGUUCUACAAAAGGCUCAGGAGGCAGCCAAGGCAGAGGAAGAGCGUGUCGCCGAGCUGAUGGAGCGCACGGGUAUCCAGCCCGUCUGCCUCUCGCCUCCGCCACCGGUGAUCAACGCGUGGCGCCAGCCCCAGCCGUACCAACCACCUGUGUUCCAGCAGGACCAGGAGCUCGUCAUCGACACUUUCGAUCCCAGCAAAGUUCACAUUCCCGACGACGACCAGUUGGCUGACGCCGAGGUCAGCGCACUGAACCUUGGCGGACCCAAAGGUCCAAACUUCGACUGGAAACCGCUGCCGAAACUCCCGGGGGAGCCCACACCUGUUCCGCGGAUCCGCUACGGAUCUCCGAGUAACUUUGAAGCCGAGGGCUGGGACUCUGAGUGGGACACAGACAUGGAAGACAGCUCAUAUGUCUCCUUGGAAGUGCCAGGGUUGGGCUAUAUCUCGGCGCCAGGCAGCGUCAAUAUGCAGGGCUUGUCAUUAGACCUGGCCUCGUGCCGUGACGACGACAUCUGGGACAGCUUUGACGAAGACGAAGAUGAGCCUGAACUCGACUUCCACUCGCGGCCCGAGUGGAACGAGUCUAUGUCCGAGGCCGGCGGAAACGAAGAUGAAACGGGGCAGUUGCUCAAGAUCAGCGACAAGCCAGAGGACAAGGAAGAUGAGAAAAGGCCUGAAGAACAGCUCGACUGGCUGUCUCACUGCAGCAAGGACCAGCGCAGCAAGUCCGCCGACACCGUCGUGGAUGAGGUGGAGGAUGAACAGGAGGUUGAUCCAUUUGUCGAAGAGAAGGUCGCAGCACUCAGAUUGGAGUGUAUUAAGAAACUAGAAGUCUGGAGGUGCAGCACAGAAGAAGCUAGUCUCGCGACUCAGAAAGGCAUUUACCAGUCUUUCCGUAAGGUCUCAGAGGCCCUGAAGCUCAUUGCAGAGUACGAAGACGACCGGCCCUUGAAAAAAGAUGAACCUCUGACACUGGCGGUUCGCGGCAGCGGAGCGGCUGCUGGCGGAGCAGGAGCUUUGCUGACGCCGGAAGGCAGUGUGCUGCCGUUUGGCGAGCUUCUACCUCACAGGGACUCUGUUGAACGCGGUAGCGGAGAUGCAUCACAGGUUCGCUUUGAUGAGCGGCCAGACCUCGACAGUCACUGCGGGCCGAGCCCCAGCAUCCUGCUUCAGGCACUGACAAUGUCCAAUGCCAAUGAUGGCAUCAACCUGGAACGUCUUGAAACGGUGGGCGACUCUUUUCUCAAGUACGCCGUGACGGCACACCUUUAUUGCACAUACCCGAGCGUGCACGAGGGAAAGCUGUCCCACCUGCGGAGCCGGCAAAUCAGCAACCUCAACCUCUACCGACUCGGUCGAGCUCGCCGCCUCGGCGGCCUCAUGGUCGCAACUAAGUUUGAGCCCAGCGACAACUGGCUUCCUCCCGGCUACACCGUGCCUCCAGGACUGGAACGGGCUCUUAUAGAGUCUGGCCUUCCGGCAGGUCACUGGAACAUUGCGGCUCUCGCCGGGCUCACCCAGAUGGAUGAGGCCCAGAUCCGGCAGACCCUUGCCGAACGGUCCAACAAGGUCCGCAACCUUGACGAGGUUCUUGCGGAUGAACAGGCCUUGGAUAAUGCACCCUACGUGCCAUACAAUCUUCUGACGCAGCACAGCAUUCCCGACAAGAGUAUUGCGGACUGCGUUGAAGCGCUUAUCGGUGCUUACCUUGUGUCGUGCGGUCCUCACGCGACUCUCCUCUUCAUGUCCUGGUUGGGGCUAGAUGUGCUUCCACAGAACUGCACCGCGGAGACCCUCGCGAACUUCGGCGUCAUGCUGUACGGUACGCUGGAGCCACCCCUCGUCGUGCCCGACGCGGGAACGCAGUUAGACGAGCUCCUCUCUGGUUACGACGCGUUUGAGGCACGCAUCAAUUACCGAUUUCGGGACCGGGCCUACCUGCUGCAGGCCUUCACUCACGCGUCGUAUCACUACAAUCGGCUCACAGACUGUUAUCAGCGGCUUGAAUUCUUGGGUGAUGCAGUGUUGGACUACUUGAUAACCCGCCACCUCUAUGAUGACCCCCAGCGACACUCGCCCGGCACGUUGACCGAUUUGAGGUCGGCGCUGGUGAACAACACCUUCUUUGCGUCGCUGGCGGUGAAAUACGACUUUCAUCGGUAUUUUAAGAAUGUGUCACCGGGCCUAUUUGCAGUCAUCCAGAGGUUUGUUGAGAUGAAGAGACAGAACAAUGGUCUUGGAUACCAUGAGGAGUACUACUUGGAGGAAGAGGAGUGCGAGGAGGCCGAGGAGGUGGAAGUGCCCAAGGCCCUCGGCGACAUCUUUGAAUCGGUGGCUGGCGCCAUCUUCCUUGACUCCAACAUGUCCCUGGACACAGUUUGGCAGGUGUACUAUGCCAUGAUGAAGCCGGAGAUAGAGUACUUCAGCACGCAUGUGCCAAAGUCACCAAUCAGGGAACUUUUAGAGCUGGAACCUCAGACUGCCAAAUUUGAGCGCGCCGAGAUGACCCUGAACGGCAAGGUCCGGAUUCGAGUGGAGGUCUUUGGCAAGGGCCGUUUCGUCGGCGUUGGUCGCAACAAGCGCAUCGCCAAGUGCACGGCCGCCAAGAGGGCGCUGCGAGCGCUCAAGCGCAUGCGGCAAGAAAGCAGCAGUGCCGCAAACGUACACGCCCCAUUCUUGUCGCAUCACCACAACGAACUGGGUGACGACUCGACUGGACUCGAAGGCAGCACCGCCGCCACUUUUCCCGGUCAGGUCGGCGUCGACCACGAAGCUGAGCCUCUUGGUCUCGGCGGUCUCCUGCGUGUGGUAGGCGGCGACACGCUUCCACUGGGCCUCCUUCAGGCGGGACUUGGGGAGCGCCAAGAGUUCGUACUUGGACGCGAUCGCCUUGUUGAAACCGUCGACGAGCUUGUUGAUCGCGGCGAGCGUGAACCGACCCUUCAUGUGACACCCUGGUACCGUAACUUGGACAAGCCCCAGUUCUUCUAUGUGGCAGAGAUUUGCCACGACCUGAAUCCGCUCAGCGACUUUCCAGAUGCGGGCUUCGAUACGUUUGACGCAUACUACAGGCAAGGUUUUACUCACAUCUUUACGGGUCAUCAACCCCUGCUGGACGUGGACCACACGUCGGCGCGUCUCAACUUGCUGACGCCACGAUACGUGAACCGCAAGGGGGUGACGCUGCCCACCUCAUCGGAGCAGACAAAGCGGGCCAAGCGCGAGAGCCUGCAACAAAAGCAGAUCCUCGUGCCCGAUUGUGCGCCAUCCAUUCCGUUCCCUGCGUCCCUUUGGCGCAAAGCCGUUUGCCUACCGUGCAUCCUCUACAGGAUGAACUCCCUGCUUCUGGCCGAGCAGCUGCGGCUGACCGUGGCACGGGAGGUGCGCGUCGGACGCCUGGAGCUUCCGGAGGGCUUCAAGUGGCCAACCCUGGACUUUGGCUGGACCCUGGCGGAAGUUCUACAAAAGGCUCAGGAGGCAGCCAAGGCAGAGGAAGAGCGUGUCGCCGAGCUGAUGGAGCGCACGGGUAUCCAGCCCGUCUGCCUCUCGCCUCCGCCACCGGUGAUCAACACGUGGCGCCAGCCCCAGCCGUACCAACCACCUGUGUUCCAGCAGGACCAGGAGCUCGUCAUCGACACUUUCGAUCCCAGCAAAGUUCACAUUCCCGACGACGACCAGUUGGCUGACGCCGAGGUCAGCGCACUGAACCUUGGCGGACCCAAAGGUCCAAACUUCGACUGGAAACCGCUGCCCAAACUCCCGGGGGAGCCCACACCUGUUCCGCGGAUCCGCUACGGAUCUCCGAGUAACUUUGAAGCCGAGGGCUGGGACUCUGAGUGGGACACAGACAUGGAAGACAGCUCAUAUGUCUCCUUGGAAGUGCCAGGGUUGGGCUAUAUCUCGGCGCCAGGCAGCGUCAAUAUGCAGGGCUUGUCAUUAGACCUGGCCUCGUGCCGUGACGACGACAUCUGGGACAGCUUUGACGAAGACGAAGAUGAGCCUGAACUCGACUUCCACUCGCGGCCCGAGUGGAACGAGUCUAUGUCCGAGGCCGGCGGAAACGAAGAUGAAACGGGGCAGUUGCUCAAGAUCAGCGACAAGCCAGAGGACAAGGAAGAUGAGAAAAGGCCUGAAGAACAGCUCGACUGGCUGUCUCACUGCAGCAAGGACCAGCGCAGCAAGUCCGCCGACACCGUCGUGGAUGAGGUGGAGGAUGAACAGGAGGUUGAUCCAUUUGUCGAAGAGAAGGUCGCAGCACUCAGAUUGGAGUGUAUUAAGAAACUAGAAGUCUGGAGGUGCAGCACAGAAGAAGCUAGUCUCGCGACUCAGAAAGGCAUUUACCAGUCUUUCCGUAAGGUCUCAGAGGCCCUGAAGCUCAUUGCAGAGUACGAAGACGACCGGCCCUUGAAAAAAGAUGAACCUCUGACACUGGCGGUUCGCGGCAGCGGAGCGGCUGCUGGCGGAGCAGGAGCUUUGCUGACGCCGGAAGGCAGUGUGCUGCCGUUUGGCGAGCUUCUACCUGACAGGGACUCUGUUGAACGCGGUAGCGGAGAUGCAUCACAGGUUCGCUUUGAUGAGCGGCCAGACCUCGACAGUCACGCGGGCCCGAGCCCCAGCAUCCUGCUUCAGGCACUGACAAUGUCCAAUGCCAAUGAUGGCAUCAACCUGGAACGUCUUGAAACGGUGGGCGACUCUUUCCUCAAGUACGCCGUGACGGCACACCUUUAUUGCACAUACCCGAGCGUGCACGAGGGCAAGCUGUCCCACCUGCGGAGCCGGCAAAUCAGCAACCUCAACCUCUACCGACUCGGUCGAGCUCGCCGCCUCGGCGGCCUCAUGGUCGCAACCAAGUUUGAGCCCAGCGACAACUGGCUUCCUCCCGGCUACACCGUGCCUCCAGGACUGGAACGGGCUCUUAUAGAGUCUGGCCUUCCGGCAGGUCACUGGAACAUUGCGGCUCUCGCCGGGCUCACCCAGAUGGAUGAGGCCCAGAUCCGGCAGACCCUCGCCGAACGGUCCAACAAGGUCCGCAACCUCGACGAGGUUCUUGCGGAUGAACAGGCCUUGGAUAAUGCACCCUACGUGCCAUACAAUCUUCUUACGCAGCACAGCAUUCCCGACAAGAGUAUUGCGGACUGCGUUGAAGCGCUUAUCGGUGCUUACCUUGUGUCGUGCGGUCCUCACGCGACUCUCCUCUUCAUGUCCUGGUUGGGGCUAGACGUGCUUCCACAGAACUGCACCGCGGAGACCCUCGCGAACUUCGGCGUCAUGCUGUACGGUACGCUGGAGCCACCCCUCGUCGUGCCCGACGCGGGAAUGCAGUUAGACGAGCUCCUCUCUGGUUACGAUGCGUUUGAGGCACGCAUCAAUUACCGAUUUCGGGACCGGGCCUACCUGCUGCAGGCCUUCACUCACGCGUCGUAUCACUACAAUCGGCUCACAGACUGUUAUCAGCGGCUUGAAUUCUUGGGUGAUGCAGUGUUGGACUACUUGAUAACCCGCCACCUCUAUGAUGACCCCCAGCGACACUCGCCCGGCACGUUGACCGAUUUGAGGUCGGCGCUGGUGAACAACACCUUCUUUGCGUCGCUGGCGGUGAAAUACGACUUUCAUCGGUAUUUUAAGAAUGUGUCACCGGGCCUAUUUGCAGUCAUCCAGAGGUUUGUUGAGAUGAAGAGACAGAACAAUGGUCUUGGAUACCAUGAGGAGUACUACUUGGAGGAAGAGGAGUGCGAGGAGGCCGAGGAGGUGGAAGUGCCCAAGGCCCUCGGCGACAUCUUUGAAUCGGUGGCUGGCGCCAUCUUCCUUGACUCCAACAUGUCCCUGGACACGGUCUGGCAGGUGUACUAUGCCAUGAUGAAGCCGGAGAUAGAGUACUUCAGCACGCAUGUGCCAAAGUCACCAAUCAGGGAACUUUUAGAGCUGGAACCUCAGACUGCCAAAUUCGAGCGCGCCGAGAUGACCCUGAACGGCAAGGUCCGGAUCCGAGUGGAGGUCUUUGGCAAGGGCCGUUUCGUCGGCGUUGGUCGCAACAAGCGCAUCGCCAAGUGCACGGCCGCCAAGAGGGCGCUGCGAGCGCUCAAGCGCAUGCGGCAAGAAAGCAGCAGUGCCGCAAACGUACACGCCCCAUUCUAGGUCCUCGUCU